AAUGGUCGUCCAGAAAGGAGUUUAUCAUUUCCCUCGUCGGUUAUUCGUUAGGUUUAGCAGACAUAUGGCGGGUACCGUAUCUCACCUACAGGAAUGGUGGAGGUAUGGGUAUUUAAGGACGGCCUCGUCAUUGUGAAAGACGCAUGUUCGUGUUGGUCUAUCUAUGAUGGCACCUUUCUACUGUCGACUUUGUACUACCGAAAUCAUCCAGCAGGACACCCGGUCACAUUACCAGAGGUGCAUUUUUAAUCCCCUACAUCUUCUUCAUGGUAGCGUGUGGAAUGCCACUGUAUUUCCUAGAAAUCCUGACGUCACAAUAUGCUGGGAAAGGAACCUGGCGCGUGUGGGAUAUAUGUCCAUUGUUCAGAGGACUUGGAAUUACUUUUCUUAUCGUCAACUUAAUUCUUGCGGUUUACUACAUGAUGCGCAAAGCGUGGACCAUAGAGUAUAUUGUGGCAUCAUGUUCGAUUGAGCUUCCAUGGACUUCGUGCGGGAACAAAUGGAACACUCCGGGCUGUGUCCAAUCCGGAAACUUGGUAACCAAUGCCUACCCCGCUUACAACAGCAGCAAUGUAACGAUGAGAGUUAAUGAAUCCGCGAACUCUGUAUCUCUUGGUGGAAAUGAUACGUCAUUAGUUUACAUGUCGUCUGUGGAGGAGUUCUGGAACUACAAGAUCCUGGAUAUUUCCUCUGGCAUAGAUGAUAUUGGUGAACUGAAUUGGAAAUACCUUUUAUACAUACUGGCAUGUCACGUGAUUGUCUGGCUGUCGCUGAUCAAAAGCAUCCAAUCAAUCGGCAAGAUGAUGUAUAUUACAACUAUAACUCCGGUGGUGUUGACAAUCAUUCUGUGGAUUAGAGCUCUCACACUUCCGGGAGCCACAGCUGGUAUGAGCUAUUUCAUCACGCCAGAUUUCACUCGCCUCGCCAAGUCGGAAGUUUGGAUAGAGGCAGCGUUCAUGGCGUUCUACACACUAGGACCCGCAUGGGGAGGACUGGCCAUGUACGGAAGUCAUAACAGAUUUUCAGACAACUGUUAUCGAGACGCUGUUAUCAGCACAGUAUUGACGGCGAGUUAUGGGUUAUUCAAUGGACUCGUCACAUUUUCCGUUAUUGGUGUUCUCUCCCACGAAAGUGGUAUACCGCUUGACAAGGUCAUUACAUCAGGCGGAUUUUCCCUGGGAUUUGUAGCUUUCCCACAGGCCAUAACCUAUUUCCCCUUUCCACAAGUAUGGGCCUUCAUCUUCUUCCUUGUACUGCUUUUACCAGGCCUGGAUGCCCAGACCGUAAUGAUGGAGCCCAUUCUCUGUGUAAUUGAGGAGAAUUUCCCGAAAACCAUUGGAAAAAGAAGAAUUCCGCUUCUAACAGGACUCACUGUGAUUACCUUUAUAAUGGGAAUACCUUUCGCCUCGCAGGCUGGUGUCUACAUGUUUCAACUGUUGGAUUGGUACGCAGGAACUUGGACUAUUUUACUUGUAGCUGUAACUGAAGCAAUCGUGUUUUCUUGGGUGUACGGUGGUGACAGACUAAGUCGGGAUGUCAGUUUGAUGCUUGGUAGACGGUUACCGUUGUUUGUACGAGUCACGACGGCCUUCGUUACACCAACUGCUCUCACGUUUUUAGUCCUUGUCAGCGUAUUCAAAUACAAACCACCUACCUACGGCACUUACGUGUAUCCGGGCUACGCCCAAAUUAUUGGAUGGUGUUUCGCUCUUGUAUCUCUUGUCCCCUUCUUCAUUUACAUGGCCUGGUUGGUAAAGAGGCAGAGAGGAUCAUUGAAGGAGAGAUUCGUGUCCCUUCUCAAACCCUCAACAGAGUGGGGACCUGCAGAUGAGAACUCCGUUCCCGUCUAUCGAGCUUCAGAACGUACCUACACACGCUCGUUCAAGAGAUUAGCCUGGUUUAAUUUGACUGGACGUGGGGGUUUUGACAAGUUCGCUACAGAAGUUGGAGUAGACAUACCCGAAAUGUAUGCAAUGAACAGAGACGGGCGGGUUUAAGGUGUUCAAUAGUAGGAAUAUCACCAUUUAUCAAAUAAUAAAAGAAACAUACAAGUUAAUAUUAAAUAUACGAAACACUAUAUAUGCAUUCUAUAGAACCUUUUAAAUAGCACUAGAUUUGUAUAAUAUAUAUUUUUUUUUCAAAUAAAAUGUUAUAAUCUCGGA